UAGUUGUCGUCGUGCUAUUUUUUACUCAUUCCCAAUUUCCCAUUUUCAACUUAGCAUUGAUUAACCCUAACUCCCCCACACUUAACACUAAUCACCCAGAUUUAUCUUCAAUUUUUCUGUAAAUGACCACAAUCAAAACAUGUGUGAUGUUUGUUUCUCAAUGUCCGAAUCUUAUUCUCUUAUAUCUUCUGGCUUUGCAUCAUAAAUUUUUCCUUUUAAUCUCCUUUUUCAAGUUUCAACUCUUCCCUUCUAAACAAAGAAAAGUCACAGGGUCAUCUUAUUUCUCGAAAUAUGUCUGAAAACAUACUGAGUCUAGCUUAUGGUCUAUGGAGAUAUUCAAUUGUCUAUGUUGGUGCUGUCUGGUUGGGGGAUGCGGGGUGUUUGAUAAAUUGCCUGAACUCUUGAAAUUACUUGAUGAUGUUUUGUGUUCUUGCUUUCCUACUAAAAGUUUAAUGAAGAUAUGUAUGUGUUGUUUGAGUGUAAGAUUUAACUCAUGAUAUGUUAGAAGAAGCCCUUACAUUGGACUGUUCAAAAGCACUUGUGAUAUCUGUUAUUAAUUGGAAAGUGAUUGAUUUGGAUUCAAAUAGAUAUUGGUGACUAGCUUGGUUUUGAGGAAUGGGGUUAAUUAUCAGGAACAAGUUGCUUUGAGGUUUAAACAAAUUCUUAUGAAUUUUAUCAUUUUAUGUGAUCCAUGGGAUUCUUAUGAAUUCUAUGUGAUUCAUGGAAAAUGUUCUCACGAACUCCCUUGUUACGGAAUGGACUUAAGCCUCAUGAGUUAUGAUGCUUGUUUCUUGAAGAAACUAGCAAUGCUUGAUGGUGUAUGAAACUGUGACAAAGAUCAUGAUGCUCUCAUUGCCAGAGAUGACAGCGAAAAUAAUGGGGAAGAUAUGCCUUGAUGGGCAUAAUUCUGACAUUAUAUUCGAAUAGAGGCAAAUGAUGAAAAGGCAAGAAGCCCACACUUUUCUCGACAGCUCGCAGUCACCAACUUUGAGGAGACAACUCCUGCAAACCAAUGAAGAUCAAGGUAUUGGAGAAAAGCAUUUUGAGGUUGGUUGUGUUUAUGAGGUUGAUCAUCUGAACCUUCCCACCAGAACCCCUGUCCAACUGAAAUCCAUUCGUGUUGUGAUGGUGACUGAAAAGACAGAGUUAAAUGUUUCUGUGAGGUAUCCAAGCAUUAGGUCUCUUUGCAACUAUCUCAGCCUCAACAAGAUGAGCAGCACUGAUAUUUACCCUUUUUUGGAUGAGGUAUUUGUAAUGGGAACACACCUAGCUGGAAAAGUACUUAGCCGUCAGAUAUCAGCUCAAGAAUUUGAUGAUAACAAUUACUUCGAGGGGUUCUGGCUGAUUAAAAACUCUCCUGAACCUGCUGCACUGCGUGGGAUUUUCAAUAAAGAAACAACCACCCCUUUAAUGUCUCAACUGAAGAGUAAUGGGAUGGUUCGGUGGGGUAUUCGACGUCAAGUCAAGUUUAUUAACAGGCAAGGAGACAGCAGCACCAGCCACCCACAGUCUUCAACAAGCUUUGUUAAAGGAUCAAAAGAGAAACUGGAGCAUGAAUCUGAUGAAGACAAUAAAGAUGAAAAUGAUGAUGAAGACAAUGAAGAUGGUGAAGAAGAAAGAGAGUACACAGAUGAGGAUGAUAAGAAAGCUGUUAAAAGAAAACCAUAUUGCUUGAGAGAGAAUACAAGAAAAGCAAAGAAGGUAAAACGUGAAACACAGAGCAAUAAGAAGUCCAGGAGGAAUAAGUGCAAAAAGAUGAUAGUUGGAAGCUCCAUAAAUCGAUGGUCUGCAGAAAGGUACAAGCUAGCUGAGAAAAAUCUUUUGGAAGUGAUGAAAUCAAAGGGGGCACUCUUUAAAAGCCCAAUUCUGAGACCUGAUCUGAGAUUGGAGGCAAGAAAGAGAAUAGGUGAUACAGGGCUGUUAGAUCAUCUCCUCAAGCAUGUGGCGGGUAAACUUGCACCAGGUGGAGUCGAGCGCUUCCGAAGACGACACAAUGCAGAUGGUCAAAUGGAGUAUUGGUUGGAGAGUGCUGAUCUUGUUAAAGUCAGGAAGGAAGCUGGGGUGCAGGAUCCCUAUUGGACUCCACCACCUGGUUGGACUCCUGGAGAUUGUCCUUCUCAAGAUCCUCUUUGUGCCAAGGAAUUAAGGUUACUCAAGGAAGAAAAUGCCAAAAUAAAGAGAGAUAUGGAGGACAUAGUGUCCAAUUUUAAGGAAGAGCUGAAAAAAGUCAGAAGAGAAAUGGAUGAACAAUUUACCAAGAAAAUUCAAGAGGAAAUCUGGUCUUUACAAGUUCAAAGUUCGGCUCCUUGGAAAUCUGACUUUGAGUCUGCACUAGUCCAAGUGAACAAGCAGGAAAAACAAUUGACUGAUAUUUCGGAUACUAUUACGGGAAUGAAGGAUCAGAUGGGGACAUUAAGUUCUAUGGUGGAGCUUGCUUCAAAGACAACAGACUGUUGUGCUGAAAAAGAGAGGAACCAUGCAGCUUUGGAAAGAUGCCAUGCACUGGCAUUAAAAGAGAGUGCAUCUACUGGAGAAAAGACAGCUGCAGAGGAAAAGGCAGCAAAACUACAGAAGCUGAAAAGCGGAUUCAGAAUCUGCAAACCCCAGGGUACAUUCCUUUGGCCAAACAUGGGUGCCAGCAAUGGGUCCUCUCCACUUGUGUUUGAAGUUGAGGAUCUCUUUAUGGUCCAUACACCACCAUCAGUUUCAUCCUCCACUGCUUUAGCUCCACCUCAGCUGCCCUACCACCACCACCACCCACCAACCUCCCCCAUCCGGCCUGUGCCGGAGAGGCGUGCUGUAACAGUCACUGUUAAAACUGCUCGGACAAAUGAUCAACAAAUUGACAACCAUGGUUACUCCUCUACCGCCAUUGUUGCCUCCCCUAAAAGCAAGAGUAACACCUCUCUUAUAAACCUCAAUGACAUUCCUGACACUGAUGGAGCUUUUUCAACAGCUGCUACCAAACGACAUUUUCUGCCAUCAACGGUGAAGAGGGAGACUGCUUCUGCUUGGGAGUGCAUUGGGAGCAGCCGAUGCAGCAAUAUGAGUGCUUUUGUUGCGGAAUGCACAGUUAAUGCAGGGGAAACCAGUCAACAAGGGAAAAGGGAAUGUACCUCUUCCACCUUGUGUUUGUCAAGUGCUGCUGGACAUCGUAUGCCUCUUUCUGCUGCUAAUUCCACUCGUGGCUGAAUGAAUUACGGCUAUCACUAUUUUCUAGCUUAUGUUCUUUAUAGUUGUUAGGUGCUGUCUAUAAGAUUUGAUAGUAUGAACUGAAGUCUAUAUAGUAUAUCCUUUACGACUUGUCAUUAUGCAGACCUACAGCUCUAAUAUGGAAGUACUCCAUACUAUGUGUUACUUGUUAGCAGAUAAUGUCUUUUUAUGGUACAAUUGUGUGGAAAGUUGAAACGGUAGUUUGCCUGCCCAUUCGUUUUGUCACUGUAUCAAAUGAAUCAGUAGCAUAGAACAGAUUAUGAUGGACAAAUUAA